CGUCCUCCAGGGCAUCUCCCCGCAGCAGCCCGGUCGGGGCCCCUGAGAGGGUUUCUGCUGCGGUGCCAGCUCUGGCCCAUGGACAGUCCCUGAGCGCCUGGCCACAGUUUGCCGCCAGCCGGUGGCACAGUCCAGAUGGGUCUGGCUGCCCGAGUGCGAUACCGUACGUCCAUAAGGCUGGAAUCUGGGGCUGUUUUUAGCCACCGUGUGCGCCGGCUCCUGAGCAAGGCCUUCCCCGUCAGGAGGAGCUGUUUCUGUCCGGAAGCCUUCAGCUUGGCUUGAGACAGACAAAUAAGGAACCCGAGUCCAGGGUCCCCCAAAGCAGGCCUGCCGGGUCUCCUGUGUCAGCUCUCCGGGGCUGCCGGGGGCGAUGGGCACGCUCGCCUGUCACGGUCGUGGUCGCAGCUGGAGGACAAAGGGGCAGACGGGGACCCAGCCUGACGGUCUGCACUGGCCACAGAUGAGGUGUCUUCUGGAAAAUACCCGGACGUGCUCCUCUGGGGCUCCGUUUCCCAUGUUAGCCCCUGCAGGACACAUGGGUGUGAGCCUCUGGGGACACAUGACGGAGUGUGCGUGUUUCCACGGUGAGGGGCCGGAUUCAAGCUCGCGCGUGUCCCAGAGCACGCAGCUGAAGGCGGCUCUGGCAGAAGGCGCUUUAAGUCUGCGUGGCGCGGGACUGUGGUUUCCACCUGGAAAGCCAGGGCCGUCCGUGUGUGCGGAAGAGCUAGAGCGUGCUGUGUGUGGGUUCCAUACGGCGAAGUACAGUCUUGCACUGAACAAACUGGUGAGUUCCUAGCAGGUGCCACUUGCUGGAGUCUGAGCCCAAAGUGCUGAGCACCGAUGGCGGUGAAAACAGGAACAGCGUGAGCCCCAGGAGGGCCUCCCGGUGGAGGUGACACUGGACGCAUAGGAGCCUCGAGGGUGUUUACCCAGAAACCACUCACUUUCUGUCUCCACAUGACCUUUGUGACCAUCACACUGUGUGCGUCCCUGAGUCGGAAAGGAGACGACGUCCUCUGACCUCACAGAGCCUGCUGCGACCCUCCUGGGAUCCCCGAGGAAUUCCGCGGCCGUCAUCCCAAAGCCCCUUCCAGUUACCUGCUUGCGCAGUGAAACCCUAAUGCUGGCAUCUCCCAGCUCUAGUGCACACGGCUGAUUCCAGCCCAAGUCUGGUUCCUGGUCGUGGUGUUCAGAUGUGUGUGUGGAUUCCUAGCGCCUUCUCACACGGCCAGAGUCUUAGAGCUACGCCGUCCAUGGAAGAUUCGGGAAGGGGAAGAAUCGGAAAGACCAGAGCAGACAGCAGGCGGAGGAGGGCAUGUUUCCCACCCCUGCAGCGUGUGGCCCCCGCCGCCCGUGGAGCUCACCUUCCUAAAAUCUCGGGGAGACGGACUCUGCUUCCUCUUUAAGUCCAAACUCCUGUCCAGCACACCUGCCAAGAGGACCAAACGAGGGUGAUAAAAAUGAUACUGAAAUUUAGAAAAGAUGACGCUUGUCACCUCCUGAGGGAGACUUUCAUAAGGGGUUUUCCUGAAAUGGUGGUGGCAAGCGUCGCAGACACCGGUGACAGCUUGGUGCAUCCCUCCCUUCGAAGGUGACCCCGAAUCUGCCCGCGGGGCCUCCAACCUUCACCUCUGUUCCUCCGAGUCGUUUCCUUUCUGCUCAAAGGAGCCGAACGGCAUGGGGCCGUGCACGUGAACGGGACCCAGGAUGGGCGCCUCACCGUGGGCACCUGGCAUGGUUUGCUGGGGCAUACCUUGGGGUGCCCCAGGCCCGAUGCGGGCCAGCGGGUGGAUGUGUCCCAAUGUGUCCGGCCAUGCUGGCACACGGCUCAGCGCCCCGCUGCCCACGUCUUGUCCCCAGGGCCGCAUAGACACGUCGGGGACCCUGGGGAGGGUGUGAGCUUCCUCCCACCCCGAGGCGCGGAUGACCAAGUGUGAGCGGCGCCCUAGGGCCCGGGGGAGGGCGGUGCCCACAGGUAGGGGGGGCCUCCCGCUAGAAGCCCAGCACACAGGGAUGGAGACAUAGCCCGGGGUCAGCAGUAAGCGGGUGGCAGUUCAAACCCCAACAAGGAGGUGUAGGAGCCCGCCCAAAUGUGGGGGCCUGGUGUGCAGGUGGGCAGGGGGCAAAGAGCUGUGAGGGAAGGCGUGGAGGGCCCUGUGGCCCACGGGUGGUGGCCGGGCGGGGCUGGGAACCCCGGGACGGUCACCGGUCAUCGGUGGCCUUGGGUCAGGGGCAUGCACAGCGGAGAAUCAGGGCUGGGAGAUGCGUGUUUGGGCAACCUGAGUGUUUGGGGGCGAACCUGAAGAGAGGUGGGGGCCGGUACGUUUCCUCGUGGAGUGAAGCCCUCGGGCCCCAGGGGCGCUGGGCAGGGCUGAGGCUGGGGAGACUGCCGCAGGCGGGGUCUGGACUCGGGUCUGUUUGCAGGGUGGGGACGUCUCUGGAGGGUUUGCUCAGAGGGUGUCGUGACACGGCUGACUCCUCACGGGGUCCCGUGGCCCUUCCGUGGGGAAUGGGCUCAGGGCGGUGUGGGGCAGGGAGUGGAGCCUGCCCGGGGAAGAGUGGGGAGCCCAGGGCAGGAGCCAGAGGGAGAGUCACUGGCUUUGGAACUGGCCGCGGGGCCCCAGAGGAAGGGGCGACCAGGAGAGCCCAGGGUCAGGGCCGACCACCAGCCAUUCUAGGCACCGGCGAAGGCACCAGCCUGGGUCAUGCCGACGCCCACGGGUCCAGACCUCGGUCAGGGCUUCUCGGGCUUUUCUUCUGCUCCGGGGAUUUGCUGUCGCACAGGGAUCAGGCCCAGCCUCAGAGGCCCCAGAGACCCGCUCAGUGCAGAUCUGGCUGUGGGGUUUUGAGGGAGAGACCAGGACCCCUCCACCAGCUGACCUGGGGGACCCCUAAGCCUGUGGGCCAGGAGCUGAGCUGUCCCGGGGUCCCUGCUCCUAAGGCACUGGCUUCUCUCAGGAGCUCCAGCCCCUGUGACACCCACUGGAUCAGACACUUGGGGGGGGGCCCAGGUCUGAGGCCUGACCAGGGCUGUCACCGGCUCAGUGGCAGCCCACACCCAGGCAGUGACGGCGGCCAGGGAGGAAGGUGGCUCAGGGCACACGUGUUGUCAAGGUCCUGCUGCCGGGACGGGUGCCUCUGUGUCUCCGAGGACGCCUGCCGGGAUGGGGAGGGUCACGGGGAGAAGGGCCGGGCAGCUCCUUGCUGGCUCCUAGCGCCGGGGCUCGCGUCUGCCGGCCCUACUGAGAGCAGGUGGAUGGGAGGGGCCUGGGGUAUGGCGGCAGCCCGAGCGUCCGUCGGCGGGUGGACCGUGAGGACGCCGGGACACACAGCAGGGUCUCCAGGCCACCCCGCGGGCUUUGCUCAUCUCAGGCUGUGCCGUUCUCUGCUGUACGUCAUGUUCCGGGUGCUUCGGCACAGCCGCGCGGAAACCCGACUCGUUCCUUCAGAACCUCUGCCUUCAGUGACGGGGUCUCCCUGGAAAUCAGCGUCUGGGAGCAAUCGGCGCCUGGAAUGGGCUUUUACUAACCGUCACACCUCGUUUCUGAGGCUCCGUGUAAGCACGGAACGCUGCGUGUUCCAGACGGGGAAACAGGCACAGGGAGGCCGGGCACUUGCCCGAGGUCACGCCCCUUGCAGGCAGGGCUGGUCUGCGAGUGUACUGGGGUGACUCUAUCUAGAGGCGUGUGAGCUAACCUGUCUUUGUUUUACGACCCAUCUGCGGGUCUCUAUGGCUUCCUGUUCACUUGACAAGUGUUUUGGUUCCCUGCGGCUGUCAUUGCAAAGCGCCCCCAGACUGGGGGGCUGGGAGCGGCAGAGUCACUGCCCCACGGUCUGGAGCCGGAGGUCUGAGGUGUAGGUGCCGGCAGCUUGGUCCUGGGACCACGAGUGGGACACGGUCCCUGCCCCAGCUUGUGGAGGCUCCUGGUGACCUCUGGGGCUCCUCGCCUGGCAGAUGUGUUCUGCCGUCUUCACAAAGCGUCUCCGUGUGUCCGUGCCCGAGGGUCUCCCUUCCAUAAGGACCAGGCACAUUGGCUCAGGGACCGCGGUAAUGACCUCAUGCAAACCUGGUCAGCUCUGGAAAGACCUUGUCUCUGAAAGUCACGUCCCAAGACACUUGACAUGUGACUCUGAGGGACGCCGUUCGGCCUGGAGCAAGUGUGAUGCGCUUCAGACUCCGAGGGGCUAACGUCGGGGUGUUCGCCGGCAGCCUGGCCUUCUCCCGCCUUUUCAGAGGGGCCGUGUGUCCAGAUCCCGGGCUCAGCGGCCGCUUCCGCAAGUCCCCCCGUGCGGACCAUGCGGCCCGCGGCCGGCGCGGGGUUCCAUGCCCCGCCACACGCCGGCCCACGGCCCUCCCACGGCCCUGCUCUCUCC